UUAAGCCCAAGAGUUUGAGGUUGCUGUGAGCUGUGACACCACAGCACUCUACCGAGGGUGACAUAGUAAGACUCUGUAUCAAAACAACAACAACAACAACUAUGUAAUGGGCUUUCACAAAAUAAGAUUAAUAGAAUUGCACCACACUUAUCAAUUCUCUUAAUAAAUGUCAGUGGGGUCUCUCCUUGCAGCGGCGCGGCAAGAGCAGAGUGGUGGCUACAGAGGUGGGAGCUAUGGCAGGACAAGCAUUUAGAAAGUUUCUUCCAUUCUUCAAUCGAGUAUUUGUUGAAAGGUGUGCAGCCAAAACUAUAACCAAAGGAGGCAUUAUGCAUCCAGAAAAAUUUCAAGGAAAAGUAUUGCAAGAAACAGUAGUGGCUAUUGGGUCAGGCUCUAAAGGAAAGGGUGGAGAGGUUCAACCAGUUAGUGUGAAAGUUGGAAAUAAAGUUCUUCUCCCAGAAUUUGGAGGCACUAAAGUAGUCCCAAAUGACAAGAAUUAUUUCUUAUUUACAGAUGGUGAUAUUCUUGGAAAGUAUGUAGACUGAAACAAAUCACUACUGAAAUGGCAUUGACAUGAAGCUGCCCAUUCCACUGAAGUUCUGAAACCUUGCAUCAUGUAAAUAAUUUCCAUGUCUCUCUUUUAUAAUAAAUUGAUGAUAUCUAAACUG